AAAUAAUCAGUGGAAGCAAGCAGAGGACGGCAAAGCAGACAACUUAAUAGCUUCUUUUGGGAACAAACAAAAUAGCUCUUACUGAGAAUGAAUUAUAUAACUUGGUUUGAAGAAUUUGCCAAUGAGAUAGAGGAAGCUGAGGUUCCUGGCAGAUGGAAUUUAUUUGUGGAUGAAGACCUUCUGAAACAGGCUAAUGCUAGAUACUUUCACCAGAAAACGUUUGGCAGCUUUUGCUGCUUACGUUGUAAUCGCACAUGGUUCUCAUCAAAAGUAUUUAUAUUGUUCCGUAUGAAACGUGGGGAGGUGACAAUGAGGAUUUUCAAACAGGAAUGUCAGAAAUGCAAACUUCCUAUAAUGCGGGAGCCUUCAAUAUCAGAUGAAAAUGUAAAAAUAGUCAUGAGCAAUGUGAUCAAUCAUAUCGAAAGGGUAUUUUAUGGGGAAAAAAGGGUGAAUAAUGAACGUCCACCAAACAUUCAUAACAAGCUGGAUGGCCCACAUGAUGAAGAGCACUGUGAGGCUUGCAAAUACAAUCUGUGUGAUAGGCAGACUAAGGGUGCCAAUGCGUCUUCAAUGGCUGUCGGCCGAUCAGUAGUUCAACCGACAGCUAUCUCAACUUCUCCAUACACAGGCACGCUCUGUGUGGCCAACCGUGCAUCUGUUUUCAAUGGCGAGGGUGAAGAAAGUCUCUACCAGACACCUCUGACUGUAGAAAAAUACAAUUCACGUUAUCCUUCUCCUCCCCGAUGUUAUGAGAGUGAGGAGUUUCCCACACACUUUAGAUUGUCGACUGGGUCCAGACAACAAUACAGUCAUGUUUAUGAUGAGGAUCAUGAGUCCACACAAGAAACAACAUCACCUAGUUGGUUACCUGCUCUUGCUGUGGGUGUUGGUGUUGGUGUUGGCGCAUUAGCACUACUGGCCUUUUCAUUGCAUAAAACAAAAGAAAACAAGAGAGGAGGUUUCUAGAGCAUUAACCUAUUUACAAGGAGCAGGAAAAGGGUAUCAUAGACCUACUAACCUGCAGGUAUCAUAGACCUACUAACCUGCAGGUAUCAUAGACUUACUAACCUGCAGGUAUCAUAGACCUACUAACCUGCAGGUAUCAUAGACCUACUAACAUGCAGGAAUUAUGUAAUGUAUUGGCACAACAGCUUUUGCUGUAGUACCAUUCGGUACAAUUGGUGCAAGGGUGAACUGAAAGCAUAAGGACAAGGAGAAUCCCUCCUGGCUGUUGUACGAUACUGCUGAGUACACAGGUUGAAAAUGUGGUUCUGUAAUGUCUUUUUAAAGUGUUGACCGAAUCGAGCUCCACAAAGUGGACUUCAAUCUGAAUUUCAGGGAAAAUUUGAUUUUGCCGUGAAGCUGAAUAACAAAUCAAUUUGCCCAAAAAUGGCAGUAAAAAAAAUUAAUCAUACUUACCUCAUCUGUUUGAGCGUGAAGAGCCGGCUGCCCCCAUCUUGAUUGAAGAUCCAGAGCAAAAUCCAGUGCGUGGUGAUGUAUGACAUCACCAUGCCAGCCAAUGUGGUGACGUCAUCACAGGGCAUGCAAGAUUUCGUGCUAGAUCUUCAAUGAAGAUGGCGGCAGCCAGCUCUUCGCGAUCAAAUGAAUGAGGGUAAAUAUGAUUUUAUUAUUAUAAUUUUUUUUUUGCAUUAUUAAAAAAAAGGUGGCAUCUGAGGGGUACAAUG